AUGUUCAUGACCGUGCGCUUUGACGCUGCAGCUGUUUCCAUGGGAACGGCGGAGCUUCCUCUUCUGGCUGCCGCCGCGCAGCGCCCCCUGCAGGCGGAGCUUCCGCUUCAUGCUGGUGCUGGCGGUGUUUCCUCACAGACGAAUAACAAAACAUGUCCGAGAACGACGGGCUCAGCCAUAACUAGCUCCGGUCGUCCGCCGGCCUUUACACAAGCCGUCGAUUCGACCGAAGACCCAGAAAGAUGUCUCAGAAAGCUGGGAUCCAUCGUAGGUCUUCUCAGUACCGGGACAUGUCUGGUGCAGGGGAAGGAGUUCUGCUUUGGGGUGAAUAAUGAGCAGUACCGCUGUGAGAUGGGCUACUGCUGCGGAGAGACCGAGUGCUGCACCUACUACUACGAACUCUGGUGGUUCUGGCUGGUCUGGACCCUGAUCAUCAUGCUGAGCUGCUGCUGCGCCUACCGACACCGGAGGGUUAAAAUGCGGCUGCAGCAGGAGCAGCGCCAGCGCGAGAUCAGCCUCAUGGCGUACCAGGGAGCCUCCAGCUCCUUCAUCUCCCCUCCUCCUCUCAACCUCAGAUUCUGGAACGACUGUAAGCUUCCCGACUACGAGGAAGUGGUAGGUCACCCCCCUCCGCCGCCGCCCUACUCCGAGAGCCCUCCUGAGUCGACCCCGGCCGUCCCUCCGGAGGCGGUCCGGCCCGUGGCCGCCUGCGAGCCGCAGCCUCUGCUGGAGGCCGCCUGCUCGCCGCCGCACCAGGAGGCGGCGUCCUUCCCGGUGCAGGUGCAGCGGGAGGAGGAGGAGGGAGCGCAGGCCUCGCCGGCGGCGGACGAGGACGAGGAGCUGGUCACGCGCCGCCACGUGACCGGGGACUCGGGCAUCGAGGUGUGCGUCUGCCAGGUGGACGUGGACGAGGGCUCGGGCCUGGAGGAGGAGAGCGACGAGGAGCACCGCACCUGCAGCGCGGCGAGCAGAGAGUGCUGCUCCGCCCGCCAGCACAGCUUCCGAGAGAAGGAGCACGGCGCCGAGCUGCCCGGCCAGACCGCCGGCGCCGCCGACCACAUGGUGUGACCGGCCGCCGGACUAACCAGCCAAAGCAGUGCAGCUUCCCGCUUCACACAGUGAUGGCCGCCGCCGCCGCCAUCAUCAUCAACAUCAUCAGCACGGGGACUGUCUGCGUUUUAACCUCCCCGCUAACACUCAGACACGUCGCCA